AUGGUGUACCCAUCCAACCUGAACCAUUUCACGGUCGAACUUCUCAACGAAGAAAGCAUAAAUGCUUACCUCCAAAGCGCAGAUUCGUUCCGCAUCGACACCGAAGACCUCCUCUCUUUGUGGUGUGCAACCGCCUUCCGCACCUGGGAACAGCGCUUCAGUGACGGUGCCGGAAUUUACUAUUCGUGCAUACCUUGCCUCGAGACACCAGCUGCCGAGGAAUGGUCAUCACACGGCUGCGUUGUUCCCCUAUCUGUCUCCAUCGCCGCGCCUCACCCACGCUUCGCCAGGGUGACGAAUGCGGAGUACCCAGGACCACCGUCCCAGGAUUGUGCAGAUCUGACCAAUGCUUUAUGGGUUUCCCGGCUUGUGGUAAGGAAUCCGCAAACAUCCCACAGCCUGCGUCAGAAGUGCGAUCUGAUGGCCAAACUGCUCAGCAUCCAGGCUCUCGCUAUUUUUCUCCCAUGGCAUCCUUCGUGGUAUUCCAUCAAUUGGAGGCGUAUCCAAGAGGACGAGCUGCUUCACCCGGAAAUUCACGAGCGCUGGGCCAAUCUCAUCGCGGAGAAGUUGCUUGAUAUCAAUAAAGAGAUCAAAUUUCCUCCCUAG